ACUAGCUUGUGAUCGUUCACCGGUCAAGCGGGGGGAAGGGGAGGGCAAUAUGUUCUUUGGACUCCCACUCCUCCCCUCCCCUCUCCUCAAGGCUUAAAUUGUCUCCCGCCCGAUUCCAGGCGCUUUGCAGAGAAUUCGAACGACCUCCUAGGACCUUUCGCGCGGAAUCUCCUGUCCACCGCUAUGCCGUCGCCAAAGUUACACCCUCCAUGGCUCCCGCCCCCGAGUAACCAACAUUGCUCAAUGUCACAAGAAGAACACAGAAGAGACGGCGUUUCGUGCUUGGACGACAUCUUGGAGGGCUCCAUCGCUAGUUCCCGAACAGAAGAAGUAAUCCUGCUGUCGUGGGGGGUGAAGCGGGACCACCACCGUCUUCCGGUCAUGUCGUGGAAGCCGUGGCUACCUUAACUACCUGCCAGGCCAGACGAGGCAAUGUAGUAAGCGCCAUGGAGAGCCCACAGCCGGUUUCGAUCCUCCCAUGCUCCUCCAGACUAUUCUGCGUGACGGACAUAAGAGUCAAGCCUGCUCCACUCGGGGCUUUUAGCGAGGGAGCUAGGGCCAAUGUUCUCAGCAAAUUUCCUCUGCAGCUUAGAAACCCCGAGGCUCACUUCUCCUUGACCGUCGAAAAGCAUCUUCGCGCUCGCAGAGUAUCCAUGAAUUGGCGUUACCAGGGUGCGACACAGGAAUUGGUUGUAGUUGUUGUGGGCUGGAAGUCGUUGGAAGUCGUUGGGAGUCGUUGGAAGAUUUGCGACGAGCAGCUGGAGGAAUUGUUUGGCGUAUGUUUCGAGAAGAAUAGAGGAAAAAGCCCCGUCGUGUUUCUAAUGUGCCUGAUAGUAGAUCGGUCCGAGUUAAUCCGCGUUGCCGUCGCAUUGCCGUCGCAUUGCUGGUUUUCCGCAGCUCUCCUCCACGAUUUCCACGAGAACCAACCGGCGACCAUCCCUUUCCUCCGCACAGAUCGAUCACGCGACGCGAAUACCACUAGUGGAGGAUUCCUUCUGACAAAGAAGUGCUCUGAUCGGGGAUACGCAUUUCGCUUCAUGCCUUGGCUUGAAGCGCAGGAUCCAGGAUAUAAAUUGGUACUUGCAUGCAAAUGCAUUCUCCGCGCAGCGGCACUUGUAAUGCACCCCAUUGCGACACUCCUCUCAAUGGAUGGGCGGGUGCUCUUUACAGCGUUGGCGAUGCAAACGACGCACCUGUUGCCCAUUGCCCUUUUUUUGAUGUUGCCAAUUUACCUACUUCGGCGCUGGUUCCUAUACAAACUUUGGGAAAGAAGAAGUAUACAUACCACUGGACUUGUUGCACCUGCGGCAGUUCUUCCAUCCCGCAUCGCAAUACCACGUGCCCGUCCUGUGGGACUCCCCGUUGUGGCACGUGCCAAUUCACAAAAGUUCAAGUUAAAUGAAAGGGAAAGAACGAAUUAUUCCGCGGCAUCGAGACGUCUGGAGGCAGGCGUGGAUGCGUUACCAUUCGCCCGCAUUCCUCUCUCCCCCGUUACAGCGUAUCCGCUGGCCGAACAAGGAGUUACUGGGUACAGGCGAAGGUUGAAGUCCGGAGGAUGGCAUCUGAUGGCCUUUGUUUGUCGCCACGGAUCUUGAUGGGGUUGGCUGUAGCCAGUCUCUUGAGCAUUACGGCAGACUUGGCCGCGAUACAAGCAACCACUUUAAAACCAUCCAUCUAAACAUACCCUUCAUCCUGAGGCUCGAGCUUAACGAAUGCCCCAUGUGCGCGGAUACCUCGCCAAUCCGCACGACAAGUUCAUGAUCCAACGCGUCCACCUCCCCUAGUAAGGCGCAUGCGCUGUUUUAAUCACACAACCAAGGUAAGCAGGCAUCAAGCGCCGGAAACCUCGG